GGAGAAGCCCGACGAGGGCCGAGGGAACCGGCGGUCCCGUUUGCUCCAGAGGAGCGAGGGCGAGCGGGCUCCGUCCCCCUGCAGCUGCCGAUCUCCACCUUUGCUCGACCUGUCCCGUUCAUUCCCCCUGUCUCUGUUGGCAGGAGGAAGGAUGAGGCCCCUGCUUUACUGCCUGGUGCUGGCCGUGCUCCUGGGACCCUGCCUGGCCUGUCCCAGCACCUGCUCCUGCUCCACCAAGAAAAACGGGCGGCUCUUGGCCGAGUGCGCCUACAAGGAUCUGCAGGAGGUACCUGAGGGGUUGUCCUCCAACGUGACCAUCCUCACCUUGUCGGCCAACAGGAUCGGCUGGUUGGGACAGGGUUCCUUUGCAGAGGUUCCUGAGGUGCAGUCGCUGUGGUUGGGCUACAACCAGAUCGGGGUGGUGGAGCCGGGAGCUUUCGCCUUGUUGGUGCACCUGAAGAAUCUUGACCUGAGCCACAACAAGAUUGCAGAUUUCCCCUGGCAGGACCUCCGGAACCUCAGCGGGCUGCAGAUCCUGAAGAUGAACAACAACCGCUUGGCCGGGCUGCCCCGGGAUGCUUUCCACUCCUUGAAGGACCUGCGCUCCCUCUGGCUCAACGACAACGAGUUGACCACCCUGGCCGAGGGCACCUUUGACAAUCUUCCCUCCCUGUCUCAGCUACAGAUCUUCAACAACCCCUUCAACUGCUCCUGCAAGGUCUUCUGGUUGAAGAAGUGGACCGAGAACACCUCUGUCUCCAUCACCAAGGGGGGGUCCACCCUGUGUGUGGCUCCUGGGCGGCUGAAGGGCAGGGCGGUGACCGACAUCCCCGACCACCACUGCGUUGCUCCCUCUGUGCAGCUCACCUACCUCUCCAACCUGGACAACACCGUCACGUAUGACGGCCUCACGCUGACGCUGCACUGCAGCGUGGCGGGCAGCCCCCCGCCGGAGAUCAGGUGGAAGAUCCAGACCUCCAGCCGCCGCAUCGAGAUCAAUGGGCCCAACGUGGCGCGGGACGGAAACGUCAAGCAGAGCCAAGAGCGCUUCUGGGUCUUCAAGAAUGGCACCAUGGCCAUCCCCAACUUCAGCAAGGAGGAUGAAGGCAUCUACACCUGCCUUGCUGUCAAUGAUGUGGGCAUGCGGGAUGUCUCGGUCAAUGUGGCUUUGGCUGGGUCAGAGAAUCCAGCUGAAGACCUGCUGCGAGAUGACCCCCUAGCCAGCCACCUCGGGGGGCGGAGCUGCUACAAGGGGGAUGAAAUGGAUCCCUCCGGCGCUGGAGAAAAGCUGGUGAUAGUUUACCACAUGCCAAGGGAGUCGAAGAGCAGGGCUGGAGGAACGGUGCCCCAGGUCCCCCUGGGGACCCUCCUGCUGGCUUUGGGUAUUGCACUCUGCCAUUAAAGCAGGGAGAAGGAAACAGUGCCUCAGGGGUUCCCCCUCUUUCUGUAGCAUUUAUCUUCACGUAGUGCCAUGCCUUUGCUGAGCUUCUGAGAACUGGGGGCGGGCAGGAGCCAAAGGGGGCCAAGACUCAGGCCCAGGGCUUUUAGUUCGACCCCUCCUUAGAUGGGGGUCAGGGCUGGGCUCCAUUAGGUGAGAGCUUCCAAUAAGCUCAGGUGACACAGAGUAGAUCCACACCUGCUUUCCAGGCCUUUAAAUCUGCCAUCUCCUGACUUAUCUCCCUCCUGAGACCAAAGGAUUCAAGUCCACUCUCAAUAGGGUGACCAUCAGCCAUCUCCAGAGCCCACCACUAGCUCUCCACCACCUGCAGCAGACAGCCGUGACCAGGGAGGCGAUGUCUUGCAAAGAGAGACCUGUGACACCAGAGAUGACAUCCCCACCAUGACCAGUACCUGGGUCCUUGGCUGGCCAGGCACAUCCUUCCUACCACCAACCUCAUGUGAAGCACCAGGAGCAGAAAGACCAGUCUGCAAGCAGGGAAAUGGCCUGGCCAUGGGGUCCUGGAGUCCCAGGGCAUGUGGCUUUGGGAGGACAGAGAUCUGAUGGUGCUUUGUAGCAGGAUGGGGAUGGUAGGACACAUUGGAUGGGGCCAUGCGCUUGAAUCAGUCCGUUUGGUAGAGUAGGAAAAGCUUCCCCACAGGCUUCAUCCCUGCUGGGUGCACCCAAGGUGCCCUGGAUGUCACAGGAUCCGGCUCUGCCACCCUCAGAACCUCUCUCAGAUGUGAUGCAGCUGAAUUUUCCUCCACCCCAAAGCCUGCGGUCCAAGCAGAUUGACUGGGCUGGCCCCGCCGAGCUGCGCUGCUCUGACCCCAGAUUGAGGGAUCGAGCUCAAAGAGACCCAUAUAAUUUCCCAGCGCUCCUCUCAGAUGGGAAACCAAGUGGGGGCUGGAUGAUGGAGCGGGAGGAAGAAAGAUUGGGAAAACCCAGAUGAUGGAGAGAAGCUGAGCUGACCUAUAAGCCAUAAACACACUCCUUAAGUGCUUUAGCAUUCCCACGCAGGACAUGUACACCAUACCCAGCUGCCCUGGGGUGCUGGGGGACCCCUUGCCUUAUAACCAAAACUGUAUGGACAGCAAAGUCUCAAGAGCAAUAAAUAACCAUUAUUUUUUUUCUUUUUUUAAACAAA